GCUCACCAAAGAAAGACGGAAGCAUAAAGAAGGAAGAAGACGACGACGAAGACAGCAAAAAGCGAAAUUGGAUUCACAUUCCUCCAUAGCUGGUCCUUUCUGGCGUGUGACUCGUGACUCUCGGCUCUCCGGGAUCAGCCCUUGUGAUAGAGAUUGAGGCGUAGGCUUGGCUGAUUGACUCGUUUACGUCUCUGUUUCCGGGGGAGAGAAACAGGGGAACCCUGCAUUGCAUUGCAUUGGGAGCUCUGUGAUUGGUGGGUAUUUGCGUCGCUUGCGAGAUGGGGGACAGGGACGAGCAUGGGAUUGAGAUUGAAGGGGGAGACGGGAAGGGUGGGAACCUGAAGGAGCCGCUGCUGCUGCAGAAGAGCGUCAGUAGGGUCAACACGACCUCUCAGCUCGCCAUUGUUGGUGCCAAUGUCUGCCCCAUCGAAAGCCUUGAUUACGAGAUUCUCGAGAAUGAUCUGUUCAAGCAGGACUGGAGGUCCAGAAAGAAGAAGGAGAUAUACCGGUACGUUGUUCUCAAGUGGACUCUCGCCCUUCUCAUUGGAUUGGCCACGGGGCUUGUCGGCUUCUUCAACAACCUGGCGGUCGAGAACAUUGCCGGGUUUAAGCUCCUUCUCACCAACAAUCUCAUGCUCAAAGAAAAGUAUUAUCAGGCAUUCGCAGCCUAUGCCAGUUGUAACGUGGUGUUGGCUGUCAUUGCUGCGGCGCUCUGUGCUUACAUCGCCCCAGCGGCCGCUGGAUCCGGCAUUCCGGAGGUGAAAGCUUACCUCAAUGGCAUUGAUUCCUACUCUAUUCUUGCUCCGAGUACCCUGUUCGUAAAGAUAUUUGGUUCGAUUUUUGGAGUUGCUGGUGGUUUUGUUGUGGGGAAGGAGGGACCUAUGGUCCACACCGGCGCUUGCAUAGCCAACUUGCUUGGUCAGGGGGGUUCUAAGAAGUAUGGUUUAACUUGGAGAUGGCUUCGUUUCUUUAAAAAUGACCGUGAUAGGAGAGAUCUGAUCACUUGUGGUGCUGCUGCUGGUGUGGCAGCUGCCUUUCGAGCCCCUGUUGGUGGAGUCCUUUUUGCCCUUGAAGAAGCAGCUUCAUGGUGGCGGAGUGCUCUUCUUUGGCGGACAUUCUUUACCACUGCUGUGGUGGCUGUGGUGCUGAGAAGUUUCAUAGAAUUCUGCCGAAGUGGGAAAUGUGGGCUUUUCGGCCAAGGAGGUCUCAUCAUGUUCGAUGUCAAUUCUGCAGCCACUACCUACACCACUCCGGAUUUACUGGCAGUGAUAUUCCUUGGGAUCAUUGGAGGCGUCCUGGGCAGUCUUUACAAUUACUUCGUUGACAAGGUUCUCCGUACUUACAGUAUUAUCAACGAGAGGGGUCCUAUGUUCAAAGUUAUGCUCGUGAUUGCCAUUUCAUUCCUCACUUCCUGCUGUUCUUAUGGCCUCCCGUGGCUGAUGCCCUGCACCCCAUGUCCUGCUCACAUGGAGGAAGAAUGCCCCACGGUAGGUCGCUCGGGGAAUUUCAAGAACUUCCAGUGCCCUCCGAACCAAUACAACGACCUUGCCUCGCUCUUCUUCAACACGAAUGAUGAUGCCAUUAGAAAUCUGCUGAUUUCGGGGGUUGAUAAGGAAUUUCAUAUUUCCACCCUCUUACUCUUUUUCAGUGCCAUAUAUGCCCUUGGGAUCAUCACCUAUGGCAUCGCGAUUCCCUCUGGACUCUUCAUCCCUGUUAUUCUUGCUGGAGCUUCUUAUGGACGGCUGGUGGGAACAGUCCUUGGUCCUCUCUCUAAUCUUGACACGGGCCUCUUUGCUCUGCUGGGUGCUGCCUCCUUCCUCGGUGGCACCAUGAGGAUGACUGUUUCUAUGUGUGUGAUUCUUCUCGAACUCACCAACAAUCUACUCAUGCUACCGUUAGUAAUGUUAGAGCUCCUCAUCUCGAAGACUGUGGCUGAUAGCUUCAACAAAGGUGUCUAUGACCAAAUUGUGAAGAUGAAGGGCUUACCCUACAUGGAAGCCCAUGCAGAACCUUACAUGAGGAAUCUGGUCGCGAGUGACGUUGUCUCUGGCCCGCUAAUCACAUUCAGCGGUGUUGAGAAGGUGGCAAACAUACUGAACGCACUGAAGUUCACGAGACAUAACGGUUUCCCUGUGAUCGAUGAGCCACCCUUCUCAGAGGCUCCGGAGCUGUGCGGGCUAGUUUUGAGGUCUCAUCUACUUGUAUUGCUCAAGGGAAAGAAGUUCACCAAGCAUAGGGCGACGACAGGAUCGGAUAUCGUGAGGACAUUUAAAGCCCAUGACUUUGCAAAGGCAGGGUUGGGAAGGGGAUUGAAGCUUGAGGAUCUGAAUAUAAAUGAUGAAGAGAUGGAGAUGUAUGUAGAUCUCCACCCUAUAACGAAUACAUCUCCAUACACGGUGGUGGAAACCAUGUCUCUUGCAAAGGCCGCGAUUCUUUUCCGGGAACUGGGAUUAAGGCACUUGCUGGUGGUCCCGAAAACACCUGGGAGGCCACCUAUUGUUGGAAUACUUACAAGGCACGACUUCAUGCCGGAGCACAUUCUGGGGCUGUAUCCGCAUUUCAAUCCCCACAAGUAGAGUGAGGCGGGAUCUUCUCAGAGGAAGACUCGUUGCCCUCUCUUAAGGUCUAUCAUCCUAUAAUGAUGGACCGACCAACCGAUCGGCCUAUCGUAAAUAGGAUCUUUGCUUGCUCCGGAGCCACUGAAGGGUUGGGAGAUGGAUUAUACAAGAUGGCCAAUGGAGAGUAGAUCGCAGUGCUCCGGGGAAAAGAGAAAGUAGAGAUUUAAGUUUAUUAUUUGUUAGCUCGAAAUCCAAAAGACUUGCUCUUUGUAGACGUGAUUGAAUUCAAGGCUUUUUCUCCAAUAAUUAUGUAAAUCAAGACAUCCUUCUCACAGUGAAAUCUCUUAUCAGGGCUUAACGCUGUUCGUUUCUUCGCAAA